GUGCACUGACAGACACAACUUCCAGCACCCGCCAGCUGGGCCAAAAUGGGAAUUAGCAAAGCCACUUUGCUCCCUCUUUUCUUGCUCAGCUCAGUGAAAGGAGACAUACUGGAUGACUAUUUAAGAACAGAUGGUGUUUGGAUACUUACUAGGAAUAAAGAGUUUUACAGUACAAAUAAUGAAAAAGAAUGUGCAGAGAAAUGUGAUGCUGAAAUAAAUUUUAAUUGCAGGGCCUUCCUAUUCACCAAGAAAAAGCUACAGUGUUUGACAUUGGCUGAAAAUACCAAAACAACAGUUGUAUUCCAGAGUGAAGAUGCAGUUCUUUAUGAGAAGAAAAUUUACCUUCUACAAUGUAAAAGAGGAAUUGGGAAGGACUACAGAGGAACAGAAGCCAAAACUUGGAGAGGUAUUCCAUGCCAGAAAUGGUCAGAAAAAUCACCCCACAGUCCAAACUUUACGCCUGAGAAACAUCCCAGAGCAGAGUUGGAGGAAAACUACUGUAGAAAUCCUGAUGGGGAUGUAAGAGGACCCUGGUGUUAUACAACAGAUCCUGCUACCAGAUUUGAUUAUUGUAACAUCCCAGAGUGUGAGGAGCAGGUCAUGCAGACUGGAGAAGAUCCUACAGUGGAGUGCAUGGAAUGUAAUGGUGAAGAUUAUCACGGAAAUGUUUCCAGAACAGAGUCUGGGCUUGAGUGUCAGCGCUGGGAUGCCCAAGAACCUCAUAUGCAUGGAUAUACCCUGAAACACUUUCCAGGGAAGGACCUGAAGAUGAAUUACUGCCGUAAUCCAGACGGUGAACUUCGGCCUUGGUGUUUUACCAUGAGCCCCACUAAGCGCUGGGAAUAUUGCAACAUUCCUCGUUGCACUAUGCAUCCACCAGUCUCUGGCCUGGGCUCCCAGUGUAUUUCAGGGAAUGGAGAGGACUACCGAGGCAGGAUAGCCAUCACUGAAUCGGGAAACACCUGCCAGCAUUGGAACACACAGUUUCCUCACAAACAUGGCUGGAUUCCUGGCAGAUAUCCCUGCAAGGGUUUAGAGGAAAACUACUGUAGAAACCCUAAUGGAGAGAAGAGGCCUUGGUGCUACACCAUCAACAGCAGUGUCCGGUGGGAAUACUGUGCAAUUCCCCAGUGUGACUGGACAGAACAGAGUACUGAUGUGGCUACACAUGUAUUCUUGCCAGAGGAGUGCUAUCGAGGCACAGGCCUGAAUUAUCGUGGCACAGCUUCCAUCACUGUAUCAGGACGGAAAUGCCAAGCCUGGAACUCCAAAUCUCCACAUGACCAUGGAAAGACCCCAGAAAAAUUCCCAAAUGCGGAUUUGAGGGAGAACUAUUGUAGAAAUCCAGAUGGUGAUAGCCGUCCAUGGUGCUUCACCACAGACCCCAGCGUUCAUUGGGAGUACUGCAGUCUCAAGAAGUGUGAUGAUCAUACUGAGGAAGCCACACCAAAUGACCCCCCUGCAACAGUGGCACAAAAUGUUGGCCUGACUAUCCCCCCCACGACAUCUGACUGCAUUAACAGCAAUGGUAAAGACUAUCGCGGCACAGUAGCAAAAACUGGAAGUGGCAGAACUUGUCAAGAGUGGAGUUCUCAGAGCCCUCAUAGCCACAAAUACUUCACUCCUCUCACUCAUCCAAGGGCAGGCCUGGAUAAAAAUUAUUGCAGGAAUCCUGACGGAGAUGUAAAUGGUCUUUGGUGCUUCACAACAGAUCCAGAAAAAAUAUGGGAGUACUGUGAAAUCCCGCGCUGCUCUUCUUCUGAGCAUGACUGUGGAAAAUUCUCAAUGAGCAGCGAGCGGACUUGUGAGCAAUACAGAAUGUGUGAUGCAUCUCCGGGGUCUUGGCCUUGGCAUGUCAGUCUCAGGACAAGUACCAACAUGCAUCAUUGCGCUGGCACUCUGAUACAUCCACAAUGGGUCCUUACUGCAGCUCAGUGCUUGCAAGAGUCAGUAGAGCCCUCUUCCUAUAGGAUUUUUCUUGGGAUACAGAACCUAAAUGCAGAAGAGCCAUCCCUGCAAAUCCGAAGUGUUCACAAAUUACUGAAGGAACCCAGCGGAGCAGACAUUGCUCUGCUAAAACUGAACAGUCCUAUAAAAAUUACUGACCGUGUAAAACCAGUUUGUUUGCCUGAAACAAGUCUGAUGAUUGAAAGAAACUCCGUAUGCUUUCUAACUGCCUUUGGAAAAACAAAAGGUACUGAUACAGGCAAGAGAUUAACAGACAUUGAAUUCCCCAUACUUGAAAACAGACUGUGCUAUCGUCCUGGAUUUUUCAAUGAAAAUGUAGAUAACCAUGAAUUUUGUGGUGGAUUCACUUAUGUAAAAGUACAUUACUGUGAGGCUGAAGUUGGAGGACCUCUAGUCUGCCAAAAUAAAGAUAGAUUUGUCCAAUAUGGAGUCACUUCUUGGGGACUGGACUGUACCCAGCCAUCAAAGCCUACUGGUUUUGUCCAAAUUCCUAGCUUUCUGUCUUGGAUCAAGAAUGUAAUGGUUACCCACUGAAUCUGGACAGCAUUCCCAGCACGGUUUUAAAAUAGAAAUAAUGCAUAAGAAUCUUCAAUAAAUAUCAUUUCUUGCUGAGAA